UGGUGCUACGUGCUUCGAGCUUUGGUGCUAUUGGGAUUUGGUGCCUCGUGCUUUGUCCUUUGUGCUUCGUGCGUGGGGCUACGUGCUACGUGUGCAAGAUUCUACGAGCUACGUGCUACGUGUGCAAGAUUCUACUACCUACGUGCUACGUGUGCAAGAUUCUACGAGCUACGUGCUACGUGUGCAAGAUUCUGCGAGCUACGUCCUACGAAUUUGUCCAACUCCUCUCUUUCUCUCUCGGUGCUAAGUGCUUUGGCGCUACGUCCUUUUUACGAGCUACGUGCUACCGAUUGGUGCAACUCUCUCUCCUCUCUGCUACGUGCCACGUGAACUUGGUGCUUCGUGCUACUUGCUAGGUGAACUUGGUGCUUCGUGAUACGCGCUUUGAGUGCAACCAGGAAUUGGUCUUUACACAUCACAAUCAGGAAGUGGGUACUGCAUUCUUAUUUUGCUCAUCGUUACCUGCUUCCCUCAUGUAAAGACCUGCCAAAAUUCCACGGAAUGCCUUUUUUUUUGGUUUGCCCCCGCCUUCGUGUUCAAAUAAAACUCCCUGAUUCACGCAGGCAGAGCUGCGCUGGUCCGUCUUGUAGGUAAUUAAAGAGAACUGAGAGAGGCCAUUACUGGCCCAAGAGAUCUGGUCCAAUAUGGCCUUACUGGGUAGCUACGUUGGUAGGGGAUUACAGUGGAAACAACACUCGACUUGGGCUGCCCUUUUCCAACAAGAUCACCAUAUUGAGUGGCAGGCCGUCAUUUGAAUCACUGAGUAGAAGGGAGUGUGAAUGCUGAUAGUCUGUCUGUCUCAGUGUCUCCAUGUGGAAGAAGACGAUGCCACAUGGCUUGUUUGGAUGGAUGGACAGGCACAUCACAGAGUGCUCAUAUUGUGAUGUCUUUCGUAAGAGGUCGGCAAACAAGAACAUCCGACGACGACACCAAGGCACGACCAGUGACAAGGAAUCAGUAGAUGGGGAGGAAGGGGAGCAGGAGCAGUGGGGGAAGCAGCAGCAGCAGGAGGAUGAGGAGGGGGAAGAGAAAGAGGAGGAUGCAAUAGAAGUCCCAAAGCCAAAGGCUCAGCGAAGGGGCCUGGCAUUUACUGCAUCUGGACAGGUGAAGAAGGAGAGAAGUUGCUCCCUUUCCACUGCAGGCAAGCAAGAGAACGAGAAGGGUGAACCAGAGGUAAAGAAGGGCGGUUCAUCCUUUGUCUAUGAAUCGGAGCGACGUGUGCAGACUCAUUCUGACAACCGGGCAACUGCCACCCUCGAAACGGAGACAGAGUUUGAUAGAGAUUCUAGAGCCAUACGAGAGAGGGUGCUAAAGCAAGCGCAGGAGGCCCUGUCCAAAGGAGCGACGGAGGACAGCAAGUUUUACCGUGGUCUUCAUGGAUACACUGAUCACAGAGCUGGUAAGUGCUGAAGACCACAUUCAGUUAUCAGGCUGGUGAGUAAUGGAAAAUC